CAUCGAGGAGAGAUGGCGGCCAGGCCGCGCUCGCUUGACAUACGGGAGCCGCAGAUCGUCGUGAAUUUCCCUCUGGAUGCUUUGCCGUGGCAUCAUCGGAUUCUUCUGCACGCCAUGGGCGACGGGCGCUGGAUGUGCUUGACGCCAGAUAUGGAGAUCACGCAGCACAACUUGAACGAGCUGCGUCACUAUGUCCUCGAUCGGAAUGCGCAGUUUCCUCGGUGGGUGCUGGCUGGGCUCUAUGCUUUUGACCCCAUCGACCACGGGGAGCUGCUUGAGCUGAAGCGCCAAGCCCGGCAGCGCGCGGCGCUGCUGGGGGCUGGCGACGCCGAGGAUGAGGCGGACCUCGCUUGGGUGCUCGCCGAGCCGCGGGACGCGAGGUUCGGCGAGGUGGUGCCUGCUGACGUGGUGGAGGACCCGAAUCGUUGUGCCCAUCUGCGAAGGAAGGGCAUCGUGAUGCUGGACGGGCAGGAGCGGAUGAUCGAGCUGAUCACCCGCGACGAGAGGGAUGACUGGAUGAAGGAGCGCAAGGAGAGCUGCGUCGACAUCCGCCUGAACGGCGACCAGCGGUCGAAGAUCGGCCGCAGGGACGUGGACUUCCGCGACGCCGUGGAGCAGAUGGAGGAGGUGGAGCUCGCCGACUACACCGACUUAGGGCCGCGCGCGAUGGGCGAGUUCGUUACGUCGGUGGCCGUCGGCAGUGGGAACCUCACGAGCUACCAGGCCGAGUGGGAGCGCAUGAGCGGGGUCUUCUCAGGGGGUGCCCAAUGCCACGAGCAUCGUUCGCUCCUGGAGAUUGCCCGCCGUGCGAUCUGCAUGGACCAGCUCAAUGUGAAGAACCUCCACUGCAUGGAGGCACUGGUCAGGCGGGUCAUCCAGAUCGAGAUGGCAGUACAGCGCAAUCCACGGCAUCCAGACUUUUCCGGUCUCGAGGAUGCCGUCGGCGGGCCCGCAGGUGCAUCGGGCUCUGCCGCCGUCCCGAGAUACACAGAGUUUGUGGUGGCCCGCCAGAAGGACUGCGCCAAUAUAUUGAAGCAGAUGAGGUUGCACAAAGAGGAGCUGGAGCGGGAGCGCCCUUCGGACGACGGGGGGAAGCGGAACCUGAAGGACAAGGGGGCUCUGCCGCGCCUGAAGACGGUGGGCGCCCUCGACGUGGAGCUGGAGGCCAGACCAAGACUGGAUGGUGGCCUCGCGGACAGUGGCUUCACAACGACCCUUUUCCCUUGCCGCAGGACUGAGAGGCAGCGGCGAGUAUCCGAAGCGGUUGACAUGCUCAACUACCUCGCCGCCUCGCGUGUGAAUUCAGGAUGCGACAAAGCUCGACGAGUUAGGCCGUACGGGGGAGCUCCCACAGCAGUGCAGCGCAGCGUGCUGGAGUCAGUCCAGGAGCGGAUCGACUUCUACGGGGACCCCUCGAGCGAAGCGGUGGACGGCGAGAGGUCCCUCCGGGAGAUCCUCAGAUCCACUGACCAGUAUGAACUGGAGCCGCAGCAUUUGGCGAGCUACGACGUCUCGCGCCUUAGGGUGUGCAAAGGGGACAUCAACCCAGUUCCCGUGACGGACUUGCUACCUGCCGAGGCUGCAGGUUUUUUGAGACACUUCCAGAGCCAGAUCGAGCUCUCAGAACCCGAGAUCGCCGAGCGUGUCCGAGAGGCUGGGGGGAUGCCCGAGCCGUACUGGGACCCUCGGCUUCGCGGUGAUGCUGAGCUCCGUCGUGACUUUUUUCGCCGACUUGCCAAGAUCGGCGUCGUGGGUUUCAGGCGGGUCAUCAAGUCCCGCUGCGGCGCUUUUUUCGUUCAUAAGAAGGACGGCAACAUCAGGUUUAUCUGCGACGCGAGGGCGACGAACAUGUGCCAUCGUCUCCCUCCUCGGACGGUCUUGGGAGGUGCAGCCUGCCUUUCGGAGAUCGACCUCAGCAGCUACGCUACGGCUCUGGGAGGCUUUGGUGGCGUCUGCGAGCCGCGCUUCUCGGGAGCCGACGUCAAGGAUUGCCUUUGCCAGCUCGCCAACGAGGAGAUGGGCAGCUGGUUCGGGUUCGACUCCGCGCUGACCAUCGAGGACUGGGACAUGGGCAUCACGCGCGUGUGGGACGACGAGGUGGGAGACUGGACUCCUGCCCGAGCAGGCGAGCUCCUGUUCCCCUGCCUCCGUGUUUUACCGAUGGGUUGGGCCUGGGCGCUGUACUUCGCCCAGGAGGCUGUCACUCAGCAGGUUCGACGCUCUGCUGCUGAUGGAGAUCGGCAGCUCCUUCGAGACAAGCGUCCUGCGCCCCUCCUGCGCCCUGGGCGGCCUCUGGCCGCCGUGUACGUGGACAACUUCACGGGGGUGGGGGGCUCGGCCGUCGACGCCGAGCACGGGGUGCGGGCCUUCGAGGAGCGGGCUGCCGAGGCGGGGCUGGCCCUGCACGCCGCGGACGUGGCGGUGGAGGAGCUGGAGAGUUUGGGCCUGGUGCUGUGCGGGACCGACCGCCGCGUGCGCCAGAAGCCCAAGCGGGUCUGGCGCUUCUACUUCGCCACCAAGGCCCUGCUGAAGCGGGGCCACGCGACGGGGGCCGAGCUCCGCGUCUGGGCGGGGCACGCCGUGGCCCUCUUGGGGCUGCAGCCCUGCUUGCUGUCCAUCCUGCAGGGCGUGUACCACUUCAUCGGCGACGGCAGUCGGCGGCGGGCAGCGUUUCCCGCGGCGGCCCGCGGGGAGCUCCGCAUGGCCGCCAUCGCCUGUUUCUUGACCGAGGUCGAUCUGAGUGCGCCCCUCGCCGACGAGGUCCACGUUUCGGAUUCGUCGUCCUCCGGCUUCUGCCUGAUGUACGGACAGAAGCCGCUUCGUGCUGUCUGGGAUGCAUAUCGCUGGCGAGAGCGUUGGCGAUUCGUGGAGGUGGAGGCCGACAGGAGCUCGGGCGCCUACACGGCGGCGUACCUCAACCAGCUCCGAGGCGUCACCGACGGCUUCGGGGCCACGCUGGACGAGGGGGCCCCCAAGCAUGCAGACGCCCGAGUUCGAGGCGGUCAGCCGGCAGGAGCCUGGCGCGAGACCGAGCUGGGGAAGCUCCUGUCUCGCCGAGCUGCUGUCGGCCGCGGUGCGCCGCGGCGCUGGGCUAGCCGCCCCGGUCUGACCCAGGAGGUGGAGUUGCUCAACGUCGUGCCCGCUCUGCCGACCGCCCUCACCAGCAGCCUCGGGUGGACUACCGCCGUCGAGGGCCGUUGGAAGUAUGACGAGCACAUCAACGUGAAGGAGGGCCGGAUCUGCGUGGCCGGCCUGAGGCACGUCCCGACAGACUUGAAUGUGGCCGACGAGGGGUCGAGGAGGGGCCAGGCCCGCGACCCUGAGUGGCUGCUGCAGAAGAAGAGGGCCAAGGCCGCCAGCCGGCGUCGUCGGGCUGAGGGCAGUGGGCGUUCGCGGGCGCAGUUCAUGAGGGAGCUGUCCGUCGCGGAGUCCACUCGGAGGCUGUACGCGGCGGCGCUGGAGGACUUCGAGGCGUGGUGCGUCGGGGUCGGUCGCCAGACCAACAAUGCAAAGGACGCUGACGAGAAUAUGGUGCACUGGUUUACUCAGAUGUUCUUCGAUGGCAUGGGUCCUGGGACGGGCCGCAACGGCCUGUUCGGCUGGAUCUUGCUGCGAGGAGAGCCUUUUCAGGACGGACGUCAGUUGCUCCCACGGGCUCGGAGGCAGUUGAAGGCUUGGGAGCGGACAGAUCCCGGGCUUGUUGGCCUGCCCUAUCCGCUCAUACUGAUCUGGGCCAUCGCGCUGGACCUGCUGAAUCACGGGCUGGUGCGCAUGGCCGCCUGCGCGGUGCUUCAGACCGAUUUGCACUCGAGGCCUUCGGAGACCCUGGAGCUCUCAGAGGCCGACAUUCUCCGUAGCCAGCCCGCGGCGGGCCGUGCUUUUGCCGGCCGCUGGGCAGUGGUCUUCGCGCCGUCCGAGUCCGGGCGGAGGACCAAGACUGGCCAGACGGAUGACACCGUCGAUGUCGGGGUGUGUGGCCGUGAGUGGGUCAGAGACAUUGUGGCCGCGCUCAAAGACUCAGUCCAAGUCGGUGAGCGCGUGUUCGAUUUUGAUCUUGCCACCUAUGAGAGAGAGUUCAAAGCCUCCCUGGUGAGGUUGAAGCUACAG